AAUGAAUCACCUUGGAGAAGAGAAAAAUGAAUAAAAUAAAACCACCAGACUGCUCUCGAUGUCUAAAUAAACGAUGUAAAGCCAUGAUGGGAGGCCAACCUUUUGCUCCCAGGCUAAGGAGACAUAGACAACACAGUGGCAGCCGGGGGAAACAUCGAGGAAACGAAUCGUAGAUGCACCAGCGUCCGUCUGACCCUUCAACUGGAUCCCCUCCCGAAAGAUGAGAGGAGAGCGCACGAGAAUAGAGAAGUCCUCCAUGGAGCUUGAUGGGACUUCAAUGCGUGGCCGCCGCGGGAUCUCCUUCGCCUCUCCAACCUAACUGAGAGAUUGGUAUCGGAACACGGACGACAUCUUUGAAGGAAGGAAUUGGAAGCGAUAAAAAAAUUUAAAAAAGUGGUUUGAUCGAUUCCACUUUGAGGACGUGAAUCGGACAACAAGCUGAAAAAAAAGCUGACUGUUGAGACUCGAGGUUUGGUUUCUGAGCUUUGAACUCAUCUGACGAGAAUCUGGGGCGGUGAGGGCCACUCGAGGAGCCAUGGAAGGAGCCACAGAGGGAGAGGAGGUGAUAGUGAGCGAGGCUCUGGUUCAGCUCAGGGCCACUCUGCAAGCCGCCGUGAGGGAAGUGCACGUGGACGUGAGCGCCUUCAAGCGGCGCAUCGAGCAGAGGGUCGAGGGCCUGUGCAUCUCCAACCAACCCCUGGCCGAGGCGGUGGCCAGGCUGCAGGAGGACAACCUGCAGCUCAGGUCGAAGAUGGAGGCCCUCGGUCGCCUGGUGGAGGGGCUCCAAGGGGCAAAGAUCGAGACGGGUCCGGCCGGAGCGAAGGGGAAGAAGGUGGAGGAUGGUACGGAGAACGGGCGACCGGGAGGGGAGCAGAUGGGGCUGGUUUACUCCGGGAGAUCGGAGAGUAGCCGGUCAAGCCGGUCCACGACAACAUCCUCUGAAACAUCAGGAUCAAGUCACGCCGCCGCCGCUGCUCCCAGCGACACCCCAGCCCCUCCUCCAUGGAGAGCAAAGAGACAAGCGGAAAAUUAUGCCUCUGAUGCAAAAGGAGAGAAAAAUACUGCCACAACUGCACGAGAGAAUGAGAACCCAGACCAGGAAGCAUCAGGUCCUCUGACCAAACCCCACUACCCGCUCUCUGCAUUGCUGAAGCCCAGCUCUGAGGCUCCAGCUGUCCCACAGUGUCCUGCCCCAGCGCCCAAAGAGACCCCAGUAAAACCAGUAGAGUCUCCACGUGACGCCGAUGAACUCAAGCCCCAUCUUCCCGUCACUGCCAUGAAAACCAAAGCCAGUCCAGAGGGUCUGGUGGCCACCGCACCGACCCAGUGUCCUGCACUGGUGCCGAAAGCAGCUGGUGCUUCUACAGCAGAGGCUCCAACAGGUAUGUCUGGAACAAAGGAGCUGCGGUCCCAGGUAUACCAGGAGCAGCCGGGCUCUGUAUCCCAGGCGCUGGUCCGUCAUCCUCCCACAGCUGUGACCAAAAUGAUUGACGUCACUGAACCCAAGCCAUACUUGCCUCUUUCGAUGAUGAGCAAACCCAACUCAGAGUCUUCAUCGCCUGCUCCGACAGGACCGUCCCCAAUAAAACCUGGGGAAUACCCCUUUCAGCGAGUACCAGUUCUCAAGACACCCAGUCCCAGUCUGAAGAGAAGUGUGAGCUUUCCUCAGCCUGCAGAAAAAUUGCUUCCAUCCAAAUCAAUCAUAAAAUUGGGUUUUUCGCCAAAUUUGGACAAGAAGGCGAACAAGGCAGGGGGGGCGGAGUUUAAGCAGGAUGUGAUGAAAUCACAAACGCUUCCACGCCCCACCGGGGCUCAGGCCAAGAGGGCCCUCUUUGAGAGGAUGAACUCAGAGCCUAUAAAACCAAAGGAUUCCAAACCUAAACUGAAGCGCUCUCAGAGUUUUGGAGCUUCCAGCGCCAGUGGUAUAAAACAGAUCCUCCUGGAGUGGUGCCGCUCAAAAACCAUUGGCUAUCAGAACAUAGAUAUCCAGAACUACUCGUCCAGCUGGAGCGAUGGGAUGGCUUUCUGUGCUCUGGUGCACUCGUUCUUCCCUCUGGACUUCGAUUACAACGCGCUGGAACCUGCAAACCGCAAACACAACCUGCAGCUGGCCUUCACCACCGCAGAGGAGCAGGCUGACUGUCUCCGUCUGAUCGAGGUGGAGGACAUGAUGACGAUGGGGGCCAAGCCGGACCCCAUGUGUGUGUUUACAUACGUCCAGUCCCUCUACAGCCACCUGAAGACGUUUGAGUAACUCUGUAUCAGAGUACAUUACCGAGUCUAGAUGUUAGUAACCACUGUGUGUCAUGAACACUUUGAGUGAGCACAGCGUUGGCCUCUUGCCAGGCAGACUGGGAGAGAACCACUGAUGUGUGAAUCACAUAAACACAGACUUUGAUGUUUUUCUCUGCCAAAUCAGUUUUAUACUGUAUGUGUGCCCUCACCAGUUUCCCCCCAUUCCCUUUAUAUUGAUUUGUGGUAGACUGACACUGAUUCUUAAAAGAUAGUUCCUUAUAUUGUAUUGUGACAUGUGUGGCGUUACAAGAUGGUUUUAGAGUAGUUCUUAAAUAAAUAACAACGCUCCAAUCAAAGAAGGGAAGAUGAACACUCUAUUUAAAACUAGCUUGUGAUGGCUGGCAGCUCAUGUGUUUGGCAACGUGAGGAAUCUUUACAAACCAAAGAGUUAUGAACCAGCGCAGAGAUGCUGGAAUAAUAAUUUGGAGUCUUGCCUGAGUUGUGCAAUGUGGUGAAAUAAAGCAAUUUUAUUAUCAUU